GAGUGCCGCGCGGCACCCGCAACCUUCGCUCACCCGGCCUGCCUCUCUCUCCACCACACUCGCUCGCCAUGUCCGCACCGCCCGCCGGCCUCGACGCCGCACGCGUCUCGCGCAACCUCGAGCUGCACGCGGCCGCCGCGGCCGGCGAUGCGGCGCAGGCCAAGGCGCUGCUCGACGCCGGCGCCGACGUGUGGUGGGAGGACGAGGCGACGCUGGGGUGGGAUGCGCUGCACUACGCCGCCGAGCGCGGCGACGCAAAGCUCUGCCGCCUGCUGCUGCGGCGCGGCGCCAUCUGGAAUGCCGUGGACGUGAACGGCUACACGGCCGCCGAGGUCGCCUGGUCGCUCAACGACGGCGCCACGUACCAGACAAUCCUCGAUGAGGCAGUGCGGCAGACCGUCAUCCGCAACCUGCUGGCGCAGAAGGCCGAGCAGCAGCGGCUCGAGGGCGGAGGUGAGGAGGCCGAAGCCGAGGCAGAGGCGUCGACGAGCGGCAGCGCGCAGAUCGCCGCCGAUGGCAGCCUGGUGCUGCGCGUCGACAGCGGCGACGAGGUGGGCGCCGAUCCAAAGGCCUUUCUCGCGAGCAAGCUGCGCUUCGAGACGGGCGCCGACGGCAAGGAGCGGUGUGUUGACCGCGACGGCGGCGUCGUCAUGGCGGCGUGGGAGACCGACAUCAUGGAGCGCACAGCCGCGCUGCUCUGCGAGGGGCAGCGCGACGGCUUCUCGGCGCUGAACAUUGGCUUCGGGCUGGGCAUCAUCGACGGCUUCCUCCAGCGCUACAAGCCUGGCCGGCAUGUCAUUGUCGAGCCGCAUCCAGACGUGCUGGCACAUCUGCGUGCAAAGGGCUGGGACAAGCUGCCGGGCGUCGAGAUCUGGGAGCGCAGAUGGCAGGACUGCCUGGCGGAGCUGGGCGACUUUGACGUCAUCUACACCGACACGUACAGCGAAGACUAUGCGGCCCUGCGCGCCUUCUUCGAGGAGCUGCCCAAUCUCGUCUCGGGGCCCGACGCUCGCUUCUCCUUCUUCCACGGCCUCGCCGGCACGAACCGCUUCCUGUACGACGUAUACACGCGCGUGGCCGAGCUCGACCUGCGCGGCAUUGGACUCGGCACCGAGUGGGAGGAGAUGCGCCCACAGCUCACCGAGGAGACAUGGCAGGGCACGCUGCGCAGCUACUGGACGCUCGACAGCUUCCGCAUCCCCCUCUGUCGAAUGAACGUCUUCUGACGUGAGCGCAGGUGCGCGGUGGUGAUCCAGGAGGGGGGGAUAUC